UCCAAUCAUGGUCUUAGUUGUACAUCCAAGAACAGUUGAAUUUGUAUCAGACCUAACCCAAACACUAAAGUUGGACACAAAACUGUAUCAGAUGUUGCAAUACAUCUAAACAGAACUAUCAGAAUUUAGACAGUACUCCUCAUCUCUGUAGUUGAUCAUGCUCAGUAUGUCCAGGUCAACCAGGUCUAUGUUAAAGCCUUCCACAAAGUGCAUUCGACAGUAAACAGAUGAAUGGAUUGAGAAAGCAAGAAGAUGAUAGCAAAUCUUUGGAGGAAUCCAAUCACCUCCAAAGGUGGGCCAACUUGUCACAUUCUCACUGUUUGUACCAAGAUUUUGUUAAGCUUUACAUCAAGCACUAAGUUCUUAUACAUCACCAACAGCAUCUCAAUCAAUUUCCAUGAAGAUUUAUAAUAGAGUCACAGUUGAUUCUGACACAGCAGCAGAUAACAGAUACAAAAGUGCCACAUCCUCUUCUACAUGUAGACAAAUCUAUCUCAUGCAAACAGUCAGAAUGAAGGGAUCCAAAGGCAGUGAAACAAAUCAAUGCCAUGCUGUUUCAGCAUGUAAUAUACUCCCUAAAUGUCGAGUAAAAGAACUGACAGCAAGCUUAGAUAAGCGAUUCUCUACAUUGCAGUUGAGGAUACCAGCAGAAGAUGACACAAUCAAGUGCCAGUCUCACCUGUUCUUUUCCUAACAAGCAGUCAUGUGACAGGAAAGCACAAGAAAGCAAAUCCAUGGUAGCUACUCUGCCAUCAUCCUCCACAUAAUUCCAUAAAACCAAGCACCAAGACCAUCCAAUCUUUCCUCAAAGCAAUGGCUGCGGCGCCAUCACCGGUGGAGGUUGGUGCUCAAGGGACAAUAGCAUCAUUGAUCUUGCAGGAGAUAGAGUAUCUCAGGAGGCUAGAUCUAGACGGCCGUGAAGUCUCCAACCAGAAAGAGCACAAAGUGAACACGGAUGUGGCUUCCACCAGCGGAAGCUGUAAGCAAAAGCCAUGCCCAAGUAGAGCAGCUCACAAGAAGAAAAAGAAGGCAGCAGCAGCAGCAGCAGCAGCAACCAGUGGAGGAUUCCUUCCCAGUAUCUGUUCUGCAACGGAUGCCACUGACACAAGCCUUAUUGAGAGGAUUGCUAGAAUUGGCUACAGGAACUUGAGGACUGAUGGAAAGAAGCUGUCUGAGGACUAGGAGGUGGAAACAGAAAGCUUGGAGAAGCCGAGCUUCUUGAGCUGGCUGCUCAUGGGAUUGCUGCAUUUUAGAUCUACUAUUUCCACAGUGUAAGCUUUC